AUGCACGUCAACAAGAGAAUCGGCAGAUUCAAACAAUGGGCUGGAGAACGCAUGGGCGGGGAGGCCAAGACCUGCCUGUCUGAUGAUUUCAAGGCAAUGGAGACGGAGAUGGGCGUGCGACAGGAAGGCGUUGAGCGCAUUCAUAAAUCCAUGACCUCCUAUGUCAAGGCUAUCUCCAAGCGCAAUGAGGGUGACGACAAAGAAAAGACCCUCCCGAUUGCCCACCUGGGAAGCAGCAUGGUGGCCCACGGCGAAGAUUUCGAUGGGAACUCGGAAUACGGACAGUGUCUGAUCAUGUUUGGACGCACCGAGGAGCGUAUUGCGCGCAUCCAAGAGAAUUACAUUGCACAGGCGACUUCAAGCUGGCUUGAGUCCUUGGAAAGAUCCCUGACUCAGAUGAAAGACCUGCAGCAUGCUCGCAAGAAGCUCGACAGCCGCCGACUGGCAUACGAUACUUCUCUUUCUAAGAUGGAGAAGGCGAAGAAGGAGGACUUCCGCGUGGAGGAAGAACUACGCUCCCAAAAAGUGAAGUACGAGGAAGCUAGCGACGAUGUGCUGCGUCGCAUGCAGGACAUCAAAGAAGCCGAAGUGGACAAUGUUAUGGACAUGGGGGUGUUCUUGGACGCCCAGCUUGACUACCAUGAACGAUCCCGCGAAGCCCUUUUGCAGCUCAAGAAUGAAUGGAUUGGGGACAGCCAAUUACAGCCCCCUCCCCGUCGGCCAACCCGUCCUCGUGCCAACACUGCCCACUCGUUCCAGGAACGGUAUGAGCCGCUGCAGGAGGAGUCGAUUAAUGAGACUCGUGCUCCUAUUAGACCAGCCAGAUCUAUUACACCAUACUCUGACUCGCCCCCGCGAGAUGCCUAUGGGAAUGCCAGUGUCUCGCGUCCCGUUCUCAACCGAAUUCCUACAUUUGAAGGCCCGUCUCAACUGCGACAAGAACAAGCGCCAGUUGCAUCACAGUGGCUCCAGCAGCGAACCACCAGCGAGAAUCUGGGCGGGUUUGGACGUCGAAGCAGCACCCAAGUUGGGAACGGUCGAGUCUCUGCUGAUCCUUACGCCGACUCCGAAGAGGUCAGCUCAUAUGGCCGUUCUAGCCCCGAGCGGAUAUUUAGCGGGGGCAGGUCCAUAUCCCCAGCAACAUCUCACGGCAGUACGCCAUCCCGGAGACCUAGCGCAACCAACUUGAACACUCUCGGAUCGAAGAAGGCUCCUCCGCCCCCUCCACCAUCUCGUGCGAAGAAGCCCCCUCCCCCUCCACCCACCAAGCGGACCCUUCUUGCGGCACCAAAUGCGUAA